AUCCAGUCAGUGUAUCUGCAGCAUUGUUCCAUAUUUAGCUCCCGACAACUGCCUCCAGGACUGGAACUCCCAACUCCCUUUUUUCUCUCUCUCUGCCAUCUCUGAUCCCUUCACUGGUCUCAGAAAAUUGCUCCCUCUCUUUCCUUGCGGUCUGAACCCGGUGCACCAGCACCUGAGAGGAUGGCUGAAAACCAGGAGAAGCCCAGCGACACCCAGACUGGUGAGGAGCAGCCUGAAAAUGCAGAGGAGUCUGAGGAGAAGAAGAAGAAGGAGCUGGAGAAACUGCCACCCUUUGAAAUCGUGGGAGGGGAGCGCUUCCCAGCCUUCUUUUUCAAAUUCCAGUUCAGGAACGUGGAAUACAGCUCAGGCAGGAACAAGACUUUCCUAUGUUAUGUCGUGGAGACUCAAGGCAAAGAGUCGGGGAGCUUUCGGGGUUAUCUGGAGGAUGAGCAUGCAGCUGCACAUGUUGAGGAUGCUUUCUUCAAUAACAUCUUGCCCACAUGCGAUCCCAACCUGCGCUACAAUGUCACCUGGUAUGUCUCCUCCAGCCCAUGUGUGCCCUGUGCUGGCCGGAUAGUGCAGAUACUGCAGAAGAACAAGAACCUGCGCCUCUCCAUCCUGGUAAGCCGCCUCUUUAUGUGGGAGGAGCCAGAGAUGCAGGCGGCGCUGAAGAAACUGAAGACAUCUGGAUGCAAACUGAAGAUUAUGAAGCCUCAAGACUUUGAGUAUAUCUGGCAGAACUUUGUAGAGCAGGAAGAAGGAGAGGCAAAGGCCUUUGAGCCCUGGGAGGACAUUCAAGAGAACUUCCUGUAUUACGAAGAGAAGUUAUCAGAGGUUCUACACUGACGCCCAUGCCAGUGAGGAUUUCAGUUUGCUCAUUUAGCUUCUUGCUUUAAUGGUGGACAGACCCAUCUCUGUUCUCUGUUUCUCAUCUGUGACUCCAACUCUGCCUAGGUCUGACAGUACAUGAUCAUAGUGAAUUUCGCGUUAGUAGUUCCUUACCCACUGCAGCUAGCAAUCCAUUAGUGCGAUCUUCCCCACUAUAGGGCAUGUGGAGGCAUACUGAGCUCUCUUCCUAGCAGGGACAUGUCAGUACCUCUAGGAAUUUCACCCCUCCACCCCAAAUCACUUUUCAUUAGGAAAUAAAGGGGAGGGUCAUUAGAUAGAAAAGAAUGGAACUUUCUUGCUCUAAGUGGGUGACGUUUGCACAUCUAAUAGAACUGGAAAGAGGCAGCGGUAGUGGUUCUAGUCCCCUAGAAACAUAUCAAAGGAGGUAUAUUAUAGUAUAUCAUCCAUCCCUUCUGCCAUACACAAAGAUUGAGGAGUCCAUAACUAAUUUUGAGCAACAAAGCCCUGAAACAUCAGAAGCUGGUAACAUGUCUCUCUCUCAUUUCUCCAGGGCCAGCUUGUAAGAGAUCUGUCACCCAGAGGAGAGACAGGCAUGACAGACUUGGACAUCUGGGACAUGCCUUCAGCUUUUCAGAGCUGCUUUGAGUCAGGCAGGAUGCAACAAAAACCUUUAGCAGACAUAGCCCUGAUGGACUCAGACUACAUUUACCAUGUAGCAUUUAGACAUUUUGUUUUUUAAUUUUUAAAAUAAACGUAAACUGUCUUUGUUAGCAGGACAGGAGAAGGCUGUGUGCUGUGCUUAACGACAUGAAUGCAGUAGACUUCAGAGGACUGGCAGGAAAGAGUGCAGGCCCCACGUACUGGGGCAGUUUUAGCAUUAAAAA